AUGACUGGCUUUGAGAACCUUUGUCUUGAUCUUUCAGGGCCCUGGACCGAUGGUCCCAACGCGGCACUCAAGUCCUUUUGUGUUGAGAUGGGAAAACAUCUGAAGCUCAAGACACUUGUUGUUCUUGGCCUUCUGGUGCGACAGGAAUACUGUAAGUUGGGCAAGGACUUUUGGGCCAAAACCCUCGAGAACCAGGAGUAUGUCCCGAGCACUGUCGUCAAGAGCCACUCCGAAGACAGUGGCGAGAGCGACGAGAGCGACGAAAGUGAUGAAAGUGAUGAUGAUCCUGAUGAAGAACUCGUCGGAUUCCCAACAUACAUCUAUUGGCUGAAGGACUGUCUUCAGCCCGGCGGCCAGAUCCAUUUUGUGAUACAGUAUGAAUCAGAGACGGAGCCGUAA